AUGAUGAUGAAUAGAUCUUGCAGAGAGGCUGUGCGCUAUGGAUGGGUAACUGCGGUGGACACUGACGGUGGCACCAGCAGAACCCCAGACGACCCAGACGGUCACCAACUGGGCCGACCGAACGGCCGAACGGCCGACCGACCCGAGGAGAAAGAGAGGAAGAACCCUGACUGGGAGGAGAUGGUCAAGGACCAACCGGGGAAGAAGAAGCGAAGGGGGAUCAUCCCGGGACCUGAACACCUGAUCCGUCCGGAGUUGCGUUCCCCAGACUUCAGUGCAGAGUGCCAGAGGGCAGAGAUACGAGAGGAUGGUCUCCAGGGUGAACACCAAAGUAAUGCGACUACACGAAUUACGAACCCCUUCCCCCUUAUCUCCUCCCCGUCGGAGGUCUCCGAGGGGGGUCCAACCAUCGCCCCCUUAGACGAUCCACGAAUAAGAGAGGUGCACGAUCAUAAGGCGAACGAGGGUCGAGGACUCGAGAGUCAAGAGUGGGAGUGA